GCAGGUAGAGGAAGUAGGUGACUGAUGUAACUCUGGGUAAUGCGACAUCUCUGAACUGAAGGCGAUCGUUACCGGAGCCAUGGCUUCUCUAGGACUGAUGCUUCCCUUGCUUGCCGCCAUACAGCUGUCGGGGGUCUGCGGAUGGAAUCAGCAUGAGCGUGUUUUGCUGAGGGAGGUCCAGGCUAUCACAUUACAUGCUGACAGAUACACCAAUGCACGGCGUGCAGCUCCUAUUCCACAGCUAAAAUGCAUUGGAGGUAGCGCUGGGUGUAGCACCAUGAUACCGCACGUGGUGCAGUGUCACAACAGAGGAUGGGAUGGCAUCGAUGUCCAGUGGGAAUGCAAAGUGGACAUGGACAACUCCUACAGAUUUGGAAAGGUUGAAGUAAGCUGUGAGGGCUUUGAUUAUCCUGAAGACCCAUACAUACUUCGUGGCUCUUGUGGGCUGGAGUACACUCUGGAACUAACAGAGGAAGGAAGGAAGGGAUCUCAAAGUGGCUACAGUUCAACAGGAUUUGGCUCUGGCUUUUUCCAAGGGAAAUCAAAUAGCUGGAACGCUGAGCAUUCUGAUGGCAGUGGGGUCAUUGCCUUUUUGUUCCUCCUGGGGCUAGCUUAUGGUGUGUACAAGUUAUUUUUGAGUGGUCCUUCAAGUCAGCAACAGCAUCCUCACCCUGAUAAUUAUGAACAUGAACAUCAAAGCAACAGCCAAACUAGCGCACCUCCGCCUCCAGGUUUCAAGUCAGACUUUACUGGUGCUUCAUCUGGAUUCAGUAACUUUGGAGGGGCAUCGUCCUUUGGUAGCCAUGAAAACCAACGUCCUGGUUUUUGGACUGGUUUGGGAACUGGUGGUGUACUUGGUUACCUGUUUGGCAAUCGACUGUCUAGGACACAUUACUCACCAUAUACACCUAAUCUUAACACGUGGAGUGGGUCUUCAUUCCGUGGCCCGUCAGCCCACAGCUCUGGUGUCAGAACAGCAUCAGGUUUCGGAGGUACAAAACGGAGAUAGAUGACUGAAGAACAUUGCACAUAUGAAGAAGAAUGGGAUGAAGAGAGAGAAUAAUAAACCUGUGUGUCAGGAAGAUUUACACAGCGGGUGUUUGUAGCUUUGUGUGAUGGUUAAUUUUAAUGACAUUACCUGAUAUGUAUGGGGUGUCUUUUUUUUUCUUGUUUGUACUGUGAAGUAGAGGAGCAUAUACAUAAGAACCUACCUGCUGACAGCAUACCUACUAUUGAACAUACAGGAACAUGCGUACAUUUCUGCACAAAACACAGUGAAGUUUCUGGAGUCAUGUUGAAUACAUUGCAGAACUAGGUCGUCUUCAGAUGAAUAUGAGAUCCAAGUCUAUGAAUACUGUAACCCUCAUUAAAAGGCUUUUACUUGCAUUGCCCUUGUAAUAAAACAUCUAUUCUCAUGA